AUGGCCAGUCAGGAUUUGCUAAAAUCCGGGUGUAUGCGCAGGAUUGGUAAUGGUAGAUCGACUAAGGUAUGGACAAUUCCCUGGCUACCGGAUGCCCAUAACCCAUAUGUGGAAUCUGAUCAGGUUUUUGCUAAUCAGUCUUUGCUAGUCUCGGACUUGAUAGAUGACAAUACGGGGAGGUGGAAUGUUGAUCUCUUGCACCAGGGGUUUAACCCACGGGAUGUGAUGUUAAUUUCUCAGCUACCUGUAAAUUUGGAUUAUGAUGAUAUGUGGUAUUGGGAAGGGGAUUUAAAGGGAUGUUACUCGGUCAAGAAUGGUUAUCAUAGGUUGAGUUUUAUAAGCUCACAAGUCUCUCCUGUAUGGCAAAAUAUCUGGAGUUUACAGGUUCCCCCCAAGUGGAGAGUGUUUUUGUGGCGAGCCCUCUUGAAUAUUCUGCCCUCGCUUGAUAAUUUGAUAAUUAGGAGGGUGGAUCUAUUGAAUAUUUGUCCAUCGUGUGGCCUUUAUGAAGAAUGUCUUUUGCAUAUAUUUUGUUCGUGCCCGUUUGCUGUCACUGUUUGGCAUAUGUCUCAGAUUCAAAUCCCCUCUUUUGCCAACAGGAGUUUCUUGCAGUGGACUGAAGAAUGGCUCGGUGGUGCGUCUCAGUUUGGCGCAGAUGCCCAAGGCCGUAUCUGCGGUAUUCUUCAUGCGAUUUGGACAGCGAGAAAUACGGCGGUGUGGGAUGGGUGCAUGCCGACUCCGUAUUCCCUCCUUUGGCGAUUCUCGGCUGCGUGGACUGCAUGGACCGACUGUGAGCGACAGCGUCAACAAGCCUGCUGCGGAAACACUAUGCUGCAACCGUCACCUUCUACUGCGACAUCUCAGGUUCCUACGCCGUAUCAAUGCUACGUUGAUGCCGGUUUCCACGGAACUAAUCAUGCGGCUGCAUUUGGUUUUAUUGUAUUGGAUAACGACUCCUCCUAUGUGGUGGCAGCCAACGGCCCUUUAUCGUGUCCGCAUGAUCCCCCUUUAGCGGAGGCUAUGGCGCUACGCGAGGCUCUCUCUUGGUUGAAGGACAACGGGUAUUCAGGUGGAAGACUUUACACGGAUUCAUCGGUUUUGGUCUCAGGAUUGAAGUGUGCCAGUUCGUUUCGUAAUUAUUUUGGAUUCAUUUUAUUGUCUUGCAAUCGUUUAAUUAAUGCUAUGCCUGGAACACUAGUUAGUUUUGUGAAUAGGGAGGCCAAUCAUGUGGCUCAUUCCUUAUCUAAACACAUAUCUGCAGUAGCUGGCCGUUCUGUUUGGAGGGAUGUACCUCCUGCUUUUAUUCAGCCCUUGGUGGCUAAUAUAAUCUGA